CUGUGCUGUAUAUAAAGGCCCAGCAGUGCUGCUUAUUACAGAGCUCUGAUCACACCUGAGACUGCCGAGGAACAUCUACAGUCAGAAAAAAUCCAACAGUUACAGGUAUUUUACAAACAGAGACAGAGAGACAGCAUGGCCGCUACACCCAAAGUGGACUCAGUGUGGAUCGGGUUUAUGGACUUCAUUCCGGUCAUCGGGACGGUGAAAGAGACGGUGGAGCUGGUGUUGGCUCUGUAUGAGGGGAAUACAGGGGUGAUAAGAGAGAAAGCGAAAGCAGUGGAAAACUUUGUGAACGAGUCCUUAAAAAAACCUGGGAAGAAGUCCGUCUCUGGUAAACCAGCAGCAGCAGCCGCAGUCGCAUCAGACUUUUCUGGACUCAAAAAUGUGAGAGAGGUCAGAAAGGAACAUAUUAUCGAAUAUAUGGGUAAAGGUUCCAAAAGGGGAACAAAACCAACUCCUGCUCAACAGGAACAGAGGAAGAGAAGAGUCCAGGAUAUUCAGAGGGACAUGUUAGGGAAGAUCCAUCUCAUCAAUCAAAACUUUAAUCAUGAGUUAAAGGAAGAACUGGAACGGUCUACAAGAGGUGAACACGUCUUUAACAAUGGCAUCCUAAGAUUUCAUUCCGGUGUGCUGGCUGAGUUUGUACAGAGACACAAUAUUCGUAAUCUACGAGGAUAUAAUCAGGGAACUAUUGAUGAAUUAGGCAUUCACACACUUCCCCAAGACACAGCAAAUGAUAUUCAGGAUAACAUGAAGGUCCACUUUGAUGAUGAUGAGUUCUACGUGAAUGCGAAUGCAGUGUUGUACGGUGAAUAUUGCCGAGUCCUGCGUGAGGCUUUGUUAGCUGUGCUGGGCCACAUUAACCCAGGUGAGGAGACACAAGAGCAGAGACAAGAGGUGAAUAAUAUCAUAAAUAAUAUGAAUAACUUUCAAAUCUAUGUGGACCAACUGGCAAAAGAGAAGUGGAUUGGCAAUAGACAGGAUAGACAGACCCGGUUUGAUGUGGUAAGAGCUCAAGUGGCGACCAUGUACAACACAGAUCGUGGUUUAGUAUGGUGCACUCGGGUUAUGAAUGUAGUUGCCCCUUGGUUUGGAAUUAGACAGUGAGUUUAAUUCUCAUGUUCAGUGGUGCCAGAUCUUCCUUUAAAAAUUUCCAACGCAACUACAUACAUGCACAUCCUAAAUCACAGACCAGAAUUUUAACAAAAUGUCGGAAACAGACACCACUGUGUCAAAAACCAGGUUUUUGCUUUGCAAAGUGUCCAACACAUUAAACAACUUAUCUUACAACUCUACAUGCAUUUGAUCUUUACUGAGAAAAAUAUGUUUAAAAUUGAUGAAAAACUGAGAAAAUUAACAUUUGUGUUUGGUUUAUAUCACAGAUAUAUAGAUUUUUUAUUCUACUUUAUUUUACAGUCUAUAGUUUAUUACAUACCUGUAGACAUGCGUACUGUUACUGCACACAUUCUUUAUUUCCUUAAAGUUUGUGAAUGGUUUAAUGAUUACAUUUUACAUUUAAUUCUAUUCUAUUAUCUGAUUAUUAUUACUAACAAAUUGUUAUAAUUAAAUAUCACUGUGUUGUUGAAAUUUCUGGAAAGCAUGCUGAUUUCCAUUUGCAUAAAGUUUCAUAGACAUAAAAGUUAUUACUAAAAGCUUUCAGUGCCUUUAGUUGUUAUUAUUAUUGUUGUUGUUGUUUUGUUGUUGUCACAAAUGUAUGACUACAAUUUAUUAAAUUCCACAAACACAA